AUUUCUAAACAUACCUACAAUACAGCGCUGGCUUUGUUCUCUGAGUAAGGAACUUAUUUUUGUUGACAUCAUUUUAAGAAAGUAUUUUUCUUUUACAAAGUUAAAAGACUUUGCUACGCCAGUUUUAAACAAUGGAGGCACUGGAUAUAUUAGAAAAACGAGUGGACACAUUGACACGUAUUCUUGGUGUCGUUCCUGAUAAUGGUAUGGAAGGUGAAUCAUCGAAAGUGACUGCAUCUGGAAAUGUUAUUGACUCUUUGGUAUCGGCCAAUAACAUAGUGAAUGAAGCUAUAUCAGGGCGUGAGAAGAUCAAAACAAUUGUAGAUCGCAGUGAAGAACUAGAAGCAUAUCUAGAUCCCCAUUUUCUUGAGGAGAACCAACAAGUUAGAGCUAAAGAGGUGUAUCUUAAUGCAGUGGCAAAUGAUCUUCACACACAAUUUCAGCAAUUGGAUCGUAUAAAAGAACUGGAGCCGACACUGGGUGCAGAAUACUUUCGCAAUAUUCCGGGGGAGUGCGUAGAUAAGCUUAAGCAAGUCAACGAAGACAACACUGAGUUUGCUCAGCAGGCAGAGCUUAUAGAAGAAAGCCUGAUAUUGGCAAUGAAACGUUACGGCGAAAUACAGAAGGGACUCAUGGACUCCUUGGCUGUAAUGAACAAACGAUUGGAGGCUGUCGAGGAGAAACUGCAACAAAAUAAAAAGGAGCAAAUGGAAAAGGAACUACCCACGAAAGAGGGAAAUUAAAUUAGUAAUAGACAUAUGUAUGGAUCAUUAUUUAUAGCAAUGGCAUAUAGCGAUUGAUAGAAAAUAUAAUUUAUUAAUCAAGGAA